AUGACCCCCGACGCGGCCUUUGCGCUGGAGAUGGCCGCCGUGGUCUGCCUGGUGGUGCUCAUCGUCGCCAUCGUCGCCGCCGCCGCGGGCGCCUGCGAGCCUUUCGCCGCCGCCGCCGCGGGGCGCGCCGCGGUGCACGACGUCGAGCAGGCGCUCGGGCCCGCCACGCUCAUGACGUACGACCAGGCGAGGAAGGCGGCCGGCAAGAAAGGGAGCGCGUCGGUGCCGUCGCCGGCAGAGGGGAAUAAGGUGGACGACGUCGGCGACGAGGAGGCGCCGUGGUGCGCCAUCUGCCUGUCGGAGUACGCCAAGGGCGACGAGCUGGUGCGGGUGCUGCCGGCGUGCGGCCACUUCUUCCACGCCGACUGCCGCAUCGACUGGUGGCUCCGGCAGCGCGGGACGUGCCCGACCUGCCGCGGCGCGCUGUGGUCGCUGCCCAUGCCGCCGAUGCCGCCGCGAGUGACCGGCGCCGCCAUGGUCCGCGGUAGGGGUUGA